AUGUAUGGUAAGUAUGCCACAGAGGGAACUGCCUAUCUGACUUUUGAAUGGGCGAUCAGAGGGAAAUGGUCGAAUGGUGUCAACGACGGAGCAAACCCCAACAUUAUCAGUCUUGAUUGGGAAAAUGACAAGAACUGGUCCAUCAGCGGCACAAGGACGGCAAAGGGCGGUAGUAUAGGCGCGUGGCGGAUGUUCGAAAAUUUCAUUAAAACCUCCAAGUCGUCUUACGUCCCUCCCAAUAUUCUCACAACCAACGUUCCAGUGCCCAAAGUUGAGAUACCUGUGUGGAACUCAUUGGAUUACUUCCUCACGACGAACUUGCUUUACCCGGGGAAACAGAUGUUCAAGGCGCACGAAAUUGGCAAGCAAGAUAGCAAGAGUUUGGCGCUUCCCUUUGAUCUGAUACUCACGGAUGAUCUCAAUAUGACUGCUCAGUAA